AUGCCCGACCACCCUCUGGCCGGCCCUCCACCAGGCGGUGCCUCAUCCGCCUGGACCCCGCCGUCGGGCCACCUCCGCCAGCGCUCCAUCACCACCUCGCGCAGCCGCGAGAACAGCAACACGACCAACCCGUUCGACGACGGCCACUACGCCGUGCCCUCGAGCCCUCGCGGCCUGCACUCGCCCUACGGCGCCGCCCUCUUGCGCGCCCAGACGAGCUCGGCCAGCCUCGCAGACGAGUACACGCACGCCAUGGGCAAGGAGCAGGCCAUGGCCAUGCGCGGCGACCGAGCAGAAUGGGUCCCGACACAGCAGUUCUUGCGCUCGUCCCAGUCGGUCCACAGCGCGUCGUCGCCGCCGUCGCUGCACGGCGCGACCCUCGGCGUCCCGAACGGCGCCUCGCCGUCGUCGAGCACGUCGUCCCUCGCGCGGUACAACCUCGGCGCCGACGAGUUCUCGCUGUACCACGACGACUCGGUCGAGGCCGACGACGACUUUCACGACCCGGGCCCCAAGCUCGAACGCGUCGGGCCCGACCACCGCCUCGUCGAGCCAAAGAACUCGCGCAGCGACGGCGUGUUCGGCAUCGGCUUCCUCGGCCUGCUCAACCUCGUCGCCAUCUUUGUCAUCGCGACCGCGCUCGUCGGCGUCUUUGCCGGGUGGCCCAUCUACAACUGGGCGACGAGCCUCACGCCCGAGCGCUUCGGCGCGGCCGGCAUCGGCGGCACCAACGGCUCGGGCCAGGUGCCCGACCUGCCCAACUUUCGCGGCCUCAUCGACCAGGACACGCCCGAGGCGGCCCUCAAGCGCACCAUGGCCGACGGCACCGAGAUGCAGCUCGUCUUCUCGGACGAGUUCAACCAGGACGGGCGCCUCUUCUACCCGGGCAUGGACCCCUACUGGGAGGCCGUCGACCUUUGGUACUGGCAGACGCAGGACGUCGAGUGGCACGACCCGGGCAACAUCUACACCGAGGGCGGCCGACUCGUCAUCGAGCUCACGAAGGAGGAGCUCGAGGACUCGCACAACAUGGGCUAUCUCGGCGGCAUGCUUCAGUCGUGGAACAAAUUCUGCUUCGUGGGAGGGUACAUCGAGGUCUCGGCUUCUCUUCCCGGCGACACGCACGUGACGGGCUUGUGGCCCGCAGCCUGGAUGAUGAGCAACCUCGGUCGCGCCGGCUACGGCGGCUCGCUCGACGGCACGUGGCCGUACGUGUACGACACGUGCGACGUCGGCACGCUCCCCAACCAGACGGACCCGGCGACGGGGCUGCCCGAGUUUGACCCGUCCGAGGGCGACCAGUACCACGACGACGACCUGAGCUGGCUCUCGGGCCAGCGCUUCUCGCGGUGCACGUGCCCCGAGGAGACGGACCACCCGGGCCCGCAGUACGCCAACGGCACGUGGAAGGGCCGCGGCGCCGCCGAGAUCGACAUCCUCGAGGCGACGGUCGAGCCUGCGACGGGCCUCGGGCACGUUUCGAUGAGUGCGCAAUGGGCUCCGUUCAACCCGGGUUACCGCGUCAUCAACUCGUCGCACGAGUACGUCGAGUACUUCACCGAGGACUGCCCGGGCAACACGUACCUCGGCGGCGCGACGCAGCAGGUCACGUCGGGCCUGUGCUUGACCGACUCGUCGACCUACAACUCGACCGACAACAUGCAGACGUACGGCGUCGCGUACACGCCGUCGGAGCAGGACGGGUGGGGCACUGGGUCCAUCACGUGGGAGCAGGGCGGCGAGAGGAUGUGGCGCCUGAGCGACAAGGCCAUGGGCCCGAACAAGGAGGCCCAGAUCGGGCAGCGACUCGUCACGGCCGAGCCCAUGUACAUCAUCUUCAACCUCGCCAUGUCGCCCAACUUUGGCGUCAUCGACUACAACAACCUCGACUUCCCGUCCAAGUUCCGCAUCGACUACGUGCGAGUGUACCAGCCGAGCGACCACAUUUCCGUCGGCUGCGACCCAAAGGAGAACCCGACGGUCGACUACAUCAACCGCAACCCGAAGCUGUACCAGGACCCGCUCGUCGUCACGUACGCCGACGCCGGCCGCGAGUUCCCCAAGAACCGUCUCAUCCAGACGUGCGACUCGUAGACCGAUAGACCCUUCUUGUUCCUUAUUCGCAACUCUCGCAAUGCACAGACCUCUCUCGUUGGA